AACUGUCACCCGAUAUAAACUUUAUUCAAGUGGUGAUUUUAAAACUUUUCAGUAUAAGCACAAAUUAAAUAUUAUAUAUGGAAUAAUUUAUCGAUAAACACUUAACGUUCUAUUCGAAACCAAUACAAAAAUGGACGACCAGGCGUGCCCCCGUUGUAAAACAACAAAGUACAGAAAUCCCUCCCUGAAGUUGAUGGUAAAUGUAUGCGGCCACGCUUUAUGCGAAAGUUGUGUGGAUUUAUUAUUUUUAAAAGGAUCUGGUUCUUGUCCUGACUGUAAUGUUCCCCUUCGUCGAAGUAAUUACCGAGUGCAGCUAUUUGAGGAUUCUAUGGUAGAAAAGGAAAUAGAUAUAAGAAAGAGAGUAUUAAAGGAUUACAAUAAAAAAGAGGAAGAUUUUGCAACAUUAAGGGAAUACAAUGAUUAUCUAGAAGAAAUAGAAACAAUUGUAUACAAUUUAUCUAAUAAUAUAGAUGUAGUAGGCACUAAUAAAAGAAUAGAACAGUAUAAGAAAGACAAUAAAGAAUUAAUAAUGAAGAAUAAAGUGAAAAUAGGUAGAGAAGAGAUUGAAUUAGAGGAGAUUUUGGAAACGGAGAAGCAAAUGGAAGAGUUAAGGAGAGCGGAAAUAUCUAGAUUAGAGCAAGAAGCUAAGAAGCAGAAAAUAAGAGAAAAGGAAGCUCUCAUAGACGAGUUGAUGUUUGCGGAAGGAGAUGCUAAAGAGAUAUUAAAUACAUUUGCUCAAAAUAUUGCUAAGAAGGAAGAGAUUGACUUGUUACCAAUAGUUCCUAAGGUAACUCAGUUCUCUACGGGUGUGAAAUUCUCGAGAGGUUCAGGCAGUCAACAGGGUGUACCAAUAUUAGAAGAAGGUCCAUUAUACAAAUAUGAAGCACCGAUAAUACCAGAUAGAUGUGGUCCCGACCCACCCUCUAUACAGAAUAUUAUUAGUAAAGGAUAUCUGCACCAUGUUAGAGCAGAGAAUGAGACAGAGAAAGCGGGUGGGUAUACCUCUACAUUGCCUUGUCUGCGCGCUCUACAGGAUGCUAUGGCUGGGCUGUAUCAUGCGAGCUGACAUGACAUACAACCUGUUAUUGAACUCGAGUAGGAUGUACAGGAUGUCCGGAUAUCACCCAUUGGUUAAAGAACUUUUUCUAUUUUUGAACAUCCUGUAUAUUAAUUAGCAUGUUAUACAAGUAUACAGUUUAGGAAGUGUUUGGUUGAUGUUUUGAAAUAUGCUGUAUAUCAAUUUAAAUUUAUAAUGUACAGAAGAAAAUUAUAGAUUUUUGAACAACCUGUAUAUAGAUUAGAAUGUUGUACAAGUAUACAGUUUAGAAACUAUUUGGUUGAUUAUGAUAUUCCGGCACUUGCUGUAUAUCAAAUAAAAUCUACAGUAUACAGAGUGUUCGAAAAUUCCUUUCCAUUAAAUGUUUCAAAUGUAAUUUUACUUAUUUAGUGUUUGUAAAAUUGUGAAGUAAUUUAACGAGAAAAAUUGUCAAAUUAUUUUCUAUGUAGUUAAUGUUUUCGGUCUAUUAACAUAUAUUGUAUACAUUUUCAAAAAGUGAAUAUUUUCAAGAAAAAAUUUGAAUAAUAUUGCAACCGUUCAAAUAUUCAAUUGUUAGAAACAAUCUUAUUUGUUAAAAACUAGUCAGUUCCA